CGCGCACCCGGUGUUUUUGUUUUUUAUUCUGAAAUUUUAAUAUAAAAUUUAAUAAAUGACUGAAAAGAAGAUUAACUCAUUAGGGGAUCUUGGUCCCUAUAUUUCCAAUACGGAUAAUUCAAAAAAUAUUAUAUACAUACAAGGGGUUCCUGAAAUAUGUAAGACUCAGGCGUGUGUUGUAGGGGUUGACGAGGCUGGUAGAGGACCGGUUUUGGGACCAAUGGUCUAUGGAGUAGCUUUUUGCCCGAAAAGCAAAACUGAUGUUUUAGUUGAUUUAGGCUGUGCUGAUUCAAAAUCUUUGACCGAAGAAAAACGAGAAUUAAUUUUUGAUGAUAUUCAGCAAAAAGAGUUCGCAAAUUCUUGUAUUGGCUGGGGCGUUGAAAUAAUAUCUCCAUGUACUAUUAGCGAAAGCAUGAACCGGAAAACUAAACAUUCUCUUAAUGAAAUAUCAAUGGAUUCUGCAAUCGGUUUGAUUCACCAACUUGUAGAAGCUGGGGUAAAUAUUGAUGAAAUUUACGUAGACACUGUAGGACCACCGGAAAAAUAUCAAGAAAAGUUAAAAAGUAUUUUCCCUUAUUUUAACAUUACUGUAGCAAAGAAAGCUGAUUCUACAUAUCCCAUAGUAUCAGCAGCAAGUAUUUGCGCGAAGGUAGUAAGAGAUAAUUCCUUAAAAGUUUGGAAAUUCAAAGAAGGUAUAGAUAUUACUUAUAAACAAUUUGGAAGUGGGUACCCAGGGGAUCCUGUUACUAAAAAUUUUUUGAUGGAAAACAUGGACUUAGUAUUUGGUUUUCCUCGACUAGUACGUUUUAGCUGGUCUACUGCUGAAAAAGCUUUACACGGAAAAGUUUUUGAUGUAUUUUUCGAUGAAUCAGAUGAUAAAUCUGUGAAUAAAAAGUGCGAUUUGAAGAAAUUUUUCAAGGGACAAGAUAAAGAUGGAAAUGUUAUUAGGGAACCACACUACUUUUUUAAAGACAGGUUUUUAAAUGAUGUUACAGAAUUGUGACAAUAUCAAAUUUAUAUUACUUCUACACUUUCGAAAAGUAGUUUAAUUUUCUAUAGAUUAAUAAACGAAAUAAAUUUAAAUUUCUUUAUAUUCUUAAAUAUUGAGAAACAUCGAAAUUGUGCUUUAAUCUAUAUAAAUAUAAUAUGUAUGAAUGCAUUUAUUGUUUCCCUUAUUUGGUUAAAAUAAACUUAAGAUUAUAAAAAAAGUAUGUAUUUAUGUAGCAGUAGCAUGUAGGAAUUGUAUGGUAUUGUAACCAAACAUAAUUAUAAAAAAUAUUGAUGUUUAAAUAAAAAAUUUUCAUAACAAACGUAUUUCACGGUAUUUGAAUAAAAACUGCUUCGAGGGUAACUUUUCUUCACACAUAUUUUAAAGCUGUGA